UGUCCAUCCCUUCCUGCCCCUCCAGAUUGCCAUAUGCAAUGGACACUGAUCUCAGUUCCCAGGACAGGAAGGACCUGGACAAGUUCAUCAAAUUUUUUGCUCUAAAGACGGUACAAGUAAUUGUCCAGGCCCGACUCGGAGAGAAAAUCUGUACCCGAUCGUCAUCCUCCCCAACAGGCUCCGACUGGUUCAAUUUGGCCAUCAAAGAUAUACCAGAGGUUACUCAUGAAGCAAAGAAAGCGUUGGCAGGACAGCUACCCGCUGUUGGACGGUCUAUGUGCGUGGAGAUUUCUCUCAAAACCUCAGAGGGGGAUUCCAUGGAGCUAGAAAUUUGGUGUCUAGAAAUGAAUGAGAAGUGUGACAAAGAAAUCAAAGUUUCAUACACAGUAUACAACAGACUGUCUCUACUACUGAAGUCUUUGCUUGCUAUAACCAGGGUAACUCCAGCCUACAGACUCUCAAGAAAGCAAGGCCAUGAAUACGUGAUAUUGUACAGGAUAUAUUUCGGUGAAGUGCAACUGAGCGGCUUGGGAGAAGGUUUCCAAACAGUUCGUGUUGGGACAGUGGGUACCCCAGUGGGCACCAUCACUUUGUCUUGUGCCUACAGAAUCAACCUUGCUUUCAUGUCAACCAGGCAGUUUGAGAGGACCCCUCCUAUCAUGGGGAUUAUCAUUGAUCACUUUGUGGACCGCCCCUAUCCCAGCUCUUCGCCCAUGCAUCCCUGCAAUUACAGAGCUGGUGAGGACAAUGGUGCAGUAUACCCCUCAGUAGAAGAUUCCCAAGAAGUGUGUACUACAUCAUUCUCCACCUCUCCUCCAUCUCAGUGUGUUUUUACUGUCACAAAGGCACAUUUUCAGACCCCUCCUCCUGUGGUGACGGACACCUUGAAGGUCCCAGUGAUGGGGCUGGCCUUUUCACAUCAACUUUCCAGCUCUCGUCUUUCCUAUCAGCCUGCUGCCCUGGGAGUUGGAUCAGCUGACAUGGGGUAUCCUGUACUCUUUGCUGGUGGCUUGAAUGCUGCACACCCUCACCAGUUGAUCGGUCCAGGCAAAGAGGGAGGAGUUCCCCCAGCUCCUAGCCAGCCAGCACAUGGCACUCAAGCUGACCAAGAGAGGAUGUGCACCCCACUAGAUGGAGUCCACUACUCAGCAGCUACUCCUUCUAGUAGUGAGGACACGGAAACAGUAUCAAACAGCAGCGAAGGAAAGUGUGGCUCCCCACAUGACCUUUUGGAGACCAUCUUUAUCCGGAAGGUGGGAGCGUUUGUCAACAAACCUAUUAACCAGGUGACCAUGGCCAACUUAGACAUUCCUUUUGCUAUGUUUGCUCCCAAGAAUGUUGAGCUGGAAGAUAACGACCCCAUGGUCAAUCCUCCUGAUUCUCCAGAGACUGAAUCUCCUCUACAAGGCAGCUUACACUCGGAGGGCUCCAGUGGCAGCAGCACAGGGAACACCCACGAUGACUUCGUUAUGAUUGAUUUUAAACCAGCGUUUUCAAAAGAUGACAUUCUUCCAAUGGACCUGGGGACGUUUUACCGUGAGUUUCAGAACCCCCCUCAACUCAGCAGCCUCUCCAUUGACAUAGGAGCUCAGUCCAUGGCAGAGGAUUUGGACUCGUUACCAGAGAAGCUGGCAGUCCAUGAGAAAAAUGUCAAAGAGUUUGAUGCCUUUGUAGAAACCUUGCAGUGAAGCAAUUUUCCAGUUUUGCUGCAGCAGUUCUUCCUCCUCGAGGCAUCCUGGAGAACGAUGUCAACAAAUAUCUGUCAUCCCUGCUCUGCCUUUUGUCUUGCUUUGACCUUUUCCUUCCAUCAAGUGAGCUUUCUUUGAUUGCUCUUUCAACAGCAGGUACAGCUCAUCUGCUGGUUUUCCUCAGCUGCUCCACUGCACAGUUCUGGACUGCUCUUCCUGUUCACAUUCAGUCUUGAAUUUAUGACCAGUAGGUACACAGGAAGUCAGACUCCAAGGUGUGACGCUCGUUUUCUCUUCAGUCUCUGUUCUGUGUGGAGGGGCUUUGUGAAAAGUUGCCAUCUUCUUCCUCCAAAGAUCCUAUGGUGUGAGUUCCCUCAACAUAGUUUCUUGCUAACAGACAUUUUUUUCCUACGGUCUUUGAUCCUGAUAGAGCAUAGAAAGCAUUGGGUCAUUUCUAAGGUCUGUGAGUUCAGCAGAUCAGACUCAGCUCUAAGUCCAGGACAUCCAUUCCGCAGAAUGGGCCAUUUCAGCCUGACUUCAGUGUGAGUGCCUGGAGCACAGGGAGAGACAUCGGCUUUGGGACCUGUGUCACACAAAUUACCUUUGUUUUUCUGCUUCUAAGGAACUGAGUCUCUACACGGUCGUUCUGUGACACCUUUUGUAACGGCUUGCUGAUAAGCAGGAGUGAAACUACAGAAGCUCUUUUCCACAUUUCCUUCCUGAGUGUACUGACACUCAGUUGUGUUGAGUUUACCAGUUUUGACUGUGUUGGCAAGCCUGCACGUAGCAGCCGUGAUGCUGAAUUCGUAGUCUCUGCUUUUGAAACGUAACUGUAAAUACUAGGAAUCCUAUUUCUUUAGGGUUAUGUAAUUAGGAGUCUUAGUCUGAGAUUCUUUCCUCUAACCCACGCAAACUAUCCUGCUUUAUGGUUAAUAGAUGAUCUUAAGAAUUGAGAAAUAUUUAUUGCUUUUAAAGAAACCUAUAUUUAAAAGAUGUUGUUUUCAUGUAGUUGUGCGGGUCAUUCUGCCUUGGAUCACUGCAGACAGCAUGUGUGCCAUGGAACCCUGUCCAGUGAGUCUCCUUUUGCAGGAAAAUAUCCAAGAUAUUUAUUUUAUAAGACAGACUUGAUUAUUCUAAUAUAAUACUCUGUUCUGGGGACUGUGUUUCCAUUACAUCCAGUCAGGGCCCACUGAUAGAAUGAAAUGCACACAUCAGCGUAGUGGAGUGGCAGGGACUUAAAAGCUGUAUUCUGAUAGGUAUGGAUGAAUUUGCAGUGUUCUUCAGCCAUUCAGGAGACAGCUUCUUUAAAGAAGCACAUUUUUGGGAGCUUAUGGUACUUUUUAAUCAGCUGGCUUUCAAUGAGCUGAAAUUUUAUUUUUGUAAUGAGCUGGCUAUUAGCAGUGUGACUGGCUGGCAGCACUCUGGUUGAUUUGGCUUGCGUAUGUCUUUUGUCUGAUACAAGGACAGGAGGAGAAAUGGUGACACUAAGCAGAAACUUAGAUAAGGUUGGUCUUCUUGUGGUUCGUUUUCCUCCUCCCACAUGUAACCAGAAAUGAGCAACUGCAGGGCCCCUUACUGUCCAAUACACUUUUUCUUCCCCUUCCUACAGAAGUGGUUGUGUUCCCUCUAUAGCGAGGAACCAUCUUCGCUUCCCUAGAGUGGUUAAGUAACCAGCCUUCAAGUCAGUGCGACGUGGCAGCUUCUUCAGCUGUGCUGCAUUCUCAAUUGAAAGAGAUAGCAGAUGACUGGGGAAGGCCAUCUCCUCUCUAGAACACUAAUUCUCUGCCACUGGUAGAGCAAGGAACCGAGUUCAGAUUAGAGCUUAUUGUAAGGUCAGAGCAAUGCAGUGCUUGAACUUUACCAGCUUUCUGGUUAAGUGGUGUGCUCCAUGGGAGGACAGGUGAGCUCUAAAGCUCCAGGUUAUAGCUGUGUUGAAGAAGCAUCCACCAGAAUGUAGGCAGGUAACUCACCUGAUCCAGCUUUUCUGGAGCCUCACACAGACGCUGCUUACUACUUGCAAAACAAGACACGCAGACAUUUUUAAGAAGUUUCUAAAUGGCUCACAGAAUGAUUUAAGUUACAUGGGAUUCAACACAUUCUUGUGUACACACAGCCAGAGCCACCUUGCUUUACAGGUGGAAGGGGAAUCAGAAGGGUGCAGAACCGCGAGGACUGAGAAUGUCACCCGGCUCUCAUCGCUGCUCACAGGUUGGUCUCUACCGCCCUGCAGGAAGUAGCAACCGCCCCUCUGUGAGCUGUCACCUUCCCCUUAGCUUACAGCCAGUGCGUGGGAAAGUUGUACCAUCUGAGCUGCCGAGCAGCAGAGAUGGGGUAAAGUGCUGGUUCGCACUGUAUUCAGGGAAGAAGACUAGAAUAGGUUGAACUUCAUCUAGCCAGCGCUCCUGCUGUCCUCUGGGCGCACUGAAAAGCUGUGGAUGGAGUUGGCAGAAAGCAUGCCCUUUUUGCUAAUCCUGCCCAGAAGGUCCCCCAAGCCAAUACUUGUGCUCAUGCGUUAUUACAGCUCCCACAUCUUGUAGAGCAGAACUUCAGCGUGGCAGUUCUUUUCUGUAGAAGGCUGGAAAUUAGCCUAUGUAAGCUGCUGGUGUUGAGCUGGAUGACCAUAGCAAUAAAGAGAUUCUCUAGGGCUGAGUUAUGUGCCUCUUUUCUGGACAUUCCUCAGCUUCAACACGUCAAUGCUCGGCUUCAGGAAAGAUCUAGGUGCUGCUGUAGCCUACUACAGAUUGUGUUACGGGGGCUGCUUAUUUUAGCAGACGUCUGCUCGAGUCUGUGCUAAGGACAGCAUGUGUAUAGCUGCUGCUUUACAGAUAUUUUGGGUGAAGGAAAAGGCUCCUAAAUUGUAUUGUUUUGGAAAUAGUCUCCACUGUACUUCAAGUAUUCGAAGGAUUUCCAAUAAAACUUUUAUGUAAGCAA